AUGCCUACCCGCACUUCGAAGACCCGCAAGCUUCGCGGCCACGUCUCUGCCGGACACGGUCGUGUAGGAAAGCACCGCAAGCAUCCCGGUGGUCGUGGUAUGGCCGGUGGUCAGCACCACCACCGUACCAACUUGGACAAGUACCAUCCCGGUUACUUCGGUAAGGUUGGUAUGCGCUACUUCCACAAGCAGCAGGCGCAUUUCUGGAAGCCCGUCAUCAACCUGGACAAGCUGUGGUCCCUCGUCCCUAUCGAGACCCGCGACGCCUACAUUUCCGGCGCCAAGAAGGACACCGUCCCCGUCCUCGACCUCCUCCCCCUCGGCUACUCCAAAGUCCUCGGCAAGGGCCGUCUCCCCGAGAUCCCUCUGGUCGUCCGCGCGAGAUGGGUUAGCAAGCUGGCUGAGAAGAAGAUUACGGAGGCUGGUGGCGUUGUCGAGCUUAUCGCGUAA